GAAUAGAAAAUCUUUUGCGUUUCCGGUUUCGACGAAUUCGCGAUUUGGAAAGUCGUUCUCCGGUUGUGUGUUCCACAUGUUUUCCGUCAUGGAUCCCAACGAGGAAGCUGCGGAAAGUGAUUCUUCGGAUUCUUCUUGGUCGAGAGACCUACCGUCUACGCCAAAACGCUGGUUCAAGAAGCACAAGAGCGGCCACAUCUUGAACAGCGGCCAACGAGAGCUCCUUCUGAACAUGUACGUUCGGAUGCGGCAUACGGAGCCCGACCUCGACGUGAUUGAGGCCUGCAAGGCAGUCAGCAAACUGGCAGGUGUCAGCGUGUCCAGUGUGCUUGCAAUCAAGAAGGAGGCAAGUGCGAAUGAUGGGCAACUCGCGUCACCCUCUCGGAAGCGCCCAACAAAUGCAGGCAAGAAGCGGCGUACUGCCAAGUACGGUGACCUCGUGCUGUGUGCCUUAAGAUCGUGUGUGCAUCGGUUUUUUCGCCGGAACGAGAUGCCCACGGUUGAAAAGAUAGCAGCCGAGUUCCGCACAAGCCCAGAACUCCCCUCGCUGCAGGCGUGGACCGUGCGUCGUCUCCUUCUUGACAUCGGCUUCAGGCGAGAAAGGAGGGCUCGAAACUCGCUCAUGGUCGAGCGAGACGACAUCGUCGCUUGGCAGCAGACGUACUUGCGGGACAUCACGCGUCACAGGCAAGAGGGCCGCCAGAUUUUUUACCUCGACGAGACGUGGGUGACGGCCGGGCACACUGCCUCGACGGUGUGGGUGGACAGCACUGUGACCUCGUCCCACGACGCCUUCAUGCGAGGUCUCACAACGGGCCUGAAGCAGCCGUCGGGGAAGGGCCAGCGCCUCAUCGUUACGCAUAUCGGCAGCGAAGAUGGAUUUGUCCCUGGGUGCCUGGACGUCUUCCGCGGCAAAAAAACCGGCGACUACCACGAGGAAAUGGACGGCCCUCGGUUCGAAAAGUGGUUCGACGAUGUCCUCCAAAAACUGCCGACGGGGAGUGUCAUCGUAAUGGACAAUGCCCCGUACCAUUCCCGGCGGUUAGAGGCGGUGCCGACGACCAGUUCCCGGAAGGAGCUCAUCCAGGGCUGGCUCACGUCGAAAGGUAUUGCUUGGGACGCCAAGAUGCUGAAGAGGCAGCUCCUUGAGAUCGUGUCGUCGGUCAAGCCGCAGUACGUGAAGUACCGUGUGGACACUGCUGCAGAAAGGGCUGGUUGCACAGUGGUCAGGCUUCCACCCUACCACUGUGAGUUCAACCCAAUUGAACUCAUCUGGGCACAGAUCAAGAAUCGCGUCGCAGCCCGAAACACAAUGUUCAAGAUUGGCGACGUUGAGAGACUCCUCAAAGAAGAAGCUGAGCAGGUCACGGCUAGUAACUGGUGCAACGCUGUGAGGCAUGUCGUCGAAGUGGAAGAAAGCUUCAAACAAGGAGGAACGACAAGUGCUCACAUCGAGCCAAUCGUCAUCGCUCUUAAUGAAGGUGACACUUCUUCUGAGAGUGACAUGUCCAGUGUGGGGCCCCUCGACGACCCUAGAUGUCAACAUCAAGGGGGAUCAACCCUAAAAACAAAACGGUCCUUUUAA